AAGCCCAAAUAUCGAACAAUGCGGUCGAUUAUCGCUCAACAGUAGGUUUAAAUGCUUUAAAACCCAACCGUGCUUUUAUACUUUAAUUCUUUAAUCUCCUGUAAGUAAAUCGAUUUAAAGGUCUGAGUUUUCAACGGCGCAUAGUGAACGUUAUGUCACACUGGAUCGUUUAAGAACUGUUCCGAAUAGCGACGUCGCCUUAACGACACAACAGUAGCAAAAUGGCGGCGCUCAGUAUGGGAGCGUUUGGCGCGUACAAGCAAGCUUACAGCCGCUAUAAACAAGAAUUAGAACAGAGAGAAAAGGAGCUUGAAGAAGGCGAGGAGAAUCCGGAAGUUGAGACUGUGUGGAUAACAAAACGAUACGUUCCGACGGAUUUACGUUCAACGGCUCCCGUGCCGAGGCACAAGUUGCUGGCACCUAAGCAACUUCCGUUUCCCGACCGCCACUGGAUUCCAAGCCUGGACCCGCCACUCCGAAGCUUCGAGCGAGCGCACUCUGAAUUCAUCUAUACGUCACAUCCGUCGACGCGCUGUGAGGACUACUCCACCUUGCGGCAGAUGCUGCCGUCCCGAGGAAGCGUCUACAAGCUGAACCCUCCCAACUGGGGCACCUAUUAUUCACUGCCACCCCUAAUUGCGGAGAAUUCCCCGAAACGGUUCCCUCUUGUUAACAGCCCUAUGACGAGAUAUGUGGAUGACAUGCACUUAACGAAUCGGCUCUUCAAACUUCAUUAACUCCACCAACUGCCGUCAUCGAUCUCAUCUUUCGUCUGCGUGAUGCAAUUAUUGUGUGUUCAUUUCUAUUGUCAGUAUUUUCUUUAGGCAAACUUAUUGUAGAAACAGUAUUUGAAUGUUAUUUAUUAAGAAUCACAAAUGAAAAUUUACCUUUGGAAGUAUGUGUAACCUACGUUUCACUAUCUUCUAACAUGUAUGUUUGUAUAGAGCGAUAUUUUACAACUUGCAUGUAAACAGUAUUAUGGAUUUUAUUUAAUUUGAAAUAUUGAAAAUGAAAAUGAAAAAUAUAUUUAUUAUAAACAUG